CAAUAGGACCAUCUGUUCUGGAAGCUCUGGGGGUUUUGUGAAUGUGCCAGCGAACAAGGAAAUGAUUGUGAAGUAAAAACAACACAUUAGUGUUUUAAUCGUAACGUGGAAUGGCUCAGCUAGUGGGGUGGGGAAUCGUAGCACUCGUCAGUUGAUGUGUGAAAGGGGCUGCAACAGCAAUUGGGUACAAGCUAGCUACCAGUGCUAAAUUAGCUAACGUUAGGUGAAAGCAAAGGCAAGGAAUUCGCUAGCUCGCUGUCUAGGUGACAUCUCAUUCCAGUUCACAUAACGUCAAUGCCAACAUGGCAGUGGGCAACAACAACGGCCAAGGGACAGGAGUCGGAGAGCAGAAGACGGCUUCUCCUAGACAGAGUGAAGGUAAAACUAUGUUUUGUUCAGCUGCUAGCUAGCAUGAUGUUUAGCUGACUGCACUGUGUUGAUUUGCUAGCUAAGUUGGCUAGCUAGCCAUGUUAACUCAUCUAGCGAGCUAGUUAACUAUACAGCUACAGCAGAGUGUCAGUCAGUGUAUCCGAUGGCUCGUAACUAGCUAUUUUAAAAUAGCGACCUAUUUCAUUAAUAAAGUAUCCAGGCAGAGGUUAUUUAUGUGUAUAUGUGUGGCUCUGAAAGUUGCAUUCAAAACGUUAGCUAUAGCCCCUCUCAUCAAUUGAGCCUGUGUGUGUUGUAAUUUUGGUGAUGUGGAACUUUUUUCUCUUUCAUUACAGCCAGGUGAGGGUGGGGUCAGAAACUACUCACACCUGUUUGAAUUAACUGCGCUGUAAUGUAACAAUUAUGAACCAACCAACCAAGUCAGACAACUAGCAGGAAACGGUGAAAAGAGAAGUCAAUUAAAGGUGCAACCAAAGAUUAUAGAUAUAUUGACAAGAUACAUGUCUCUCCGCCCAAAAAACUGGAGUCCUUGUCCACAAAGCGGCAUGGCGGGCUGUCGAGCUCCUGUCUAUCCUUUGGAUUGGUGGAUACAUCUCAUUAUUGUAAUCCUUUUUUAAAUAUUCGAUGAGGGUUGUUAACGUCAACUCUCUUUAUACCCCGUUGUUGAAUACUCGUUUCUGAUUGGCUUGAAGGGCAUUCUAGCGCGUGCAUUAUUUCCCUUUAUAAACUAGGUGGUUCAAGCCCUGAAUGGUGAUUGGUUGAAAGCCGUGGUAUAUCAGACCGUAUACCAUGGGUAUAACCCCAAAAACAUUUGUACUGUUUUAAUUACAUUGGUAACCAGUUUAUAAUAGCAAUAAGCCACCUUGGGGGUUUGUGUAUAUGGCCAAUAUACCACAGCUAAUGGCUGUAUCCAGGCCCACUGCGUUGUUGUGCCUAAGAACAGCCCUUAGCUGUAGUAUAUUGGCCAUAUACCACACCCCCUCGGGCCUUAUUGCUUGAAUAAUGCAUGGUAUAUCAGCACAGUAGUUUAUUCUUACAUGUUCUGUUUGAGCUGCUUUUGGAAGCAAAAGUCGAAUUGAAAACAUUAUUGGCAUUGUUGAAUUCGAUUUUCAUAAUGGCAAGGUAGGACUGAUGUUUUGGUUAGCUAAACUAGCAAGUCUGUUUGUUUGGUUACCAAGGCAACAACUGUAGUUAUCUAGUAAACAUGCUAGUUAGCUACUUCAGUUGAUGUUGAACACAUUUCUAGUGGCAAAUAUGUUCAAUUAUAGCCAUGGUAUUUAAGUGAUAAUGCCAGAGAAGCCGGUGUUUGGAGGAUAUAUUGGCACAGGUGUUGUUAGGCCUGAGAUGGCAAACUGUGCCAAUAUAUCCUCCAAAUACCGGCUACGAGGGCAUUAUCACUUUUAUACAACAUAUUCAAAUAAUGAUUGACAUAUUUUCAUUAAACUUUAUUUUGAUUAAUUUAUUCAUACUAUUUCAUCCUUCCACAAGAUAUAGUCCCGACAACAAACCUAGGGUUGCUACCCAAGCCGGCUGGUCGUUCGUUCUAUCGGUUCGGUUGCCAGAGACGUGACCCAGUUGUUCAGUCUUUUUGUUCUGUAUCUAAGGACACGACCCAGUCGUAGCCAUACUGGCUGGCAACGUUCUUAUCCCUUGCUUGCUAGCUAGCCAACUACCGCUAACGUACAGUCACGUCCAACAGUGCAGACAUAAUAACAACAGUAGCGGCAUUUGCAUUUGUAUAAGCUAUUUUCUAGUGACAUCCAUAACAAUGAGCUAAUGAGGCGUGAUUUCGCCUGGCAUAGAAAAUGUGCUCUCUCGUCAGGACACUGUUGUUCAGAGGAACUAGCCAACAACACAGCUAACACAAUCACUUCAAACUGAAGCUGGAAAGACUGCAAACUAGCUGCACUUUGUUUCGUUUUUUACCUUUUUUCUUUGUAUUUAUUUGUAUAUAUCCAUAAAAAUGAUGCCAGCUGAUUCAUGAUUUCGACUGGCUGAGAAACUCUGCCUGUCUGUAUCGUCCCGACCCCGACACGUUCAUUACCAUGGGACAGCUGGAGAUCGAAUUUCAAUAUUGAAACAAUGUUGCAAAUGUCGGAGUGACAGACAGCAAGGUUUAUACAAAUCUACGCUGUUGAAAACUAAAUGUUAGUCUAAAAGAAAUGUGAGAUAAUGUCUAGAUGCUUUUUAUAGUGGAGAUCAAGUUUGUAAAUUGCCUGGCUGGGCUGAUAAGACAGUGGAUUGCGCAGUCAGAUGCAACAGAGUAAAUAGGCAUUUUAACGUCAUAGAUUUAGCCUGUGGUAACUUGUCGAAUAGAAACCGGCUGGAAUGCGGUUUUAACCAACCAGCGUUCAGGAUUAGAACCACCCGUUGUAUAAAAAAGGGUUAAUCAACUCGGGGCUAUGCAUUCUCUGGAAAAUAAUGCAAUUCCUCUCUGGUGCAACAUGCAGAAAUGCGCCGCCAUUUCUUGGUUGCUAAAAUUACAAUAGUUCGCAUAAUUUCCGUUUAUGACAAAACAAGCAAUGCAUAGUGUAGUGAGUAAUUGUACCAUCUAAACAACUGUCAAAUAUCUUUUCAAUCACCAAAAAUAUUGUAUUUUCUGCUGUUUUGAAGCUGGUGUACAAAACCGAAAGUAAAAGAUGCAAAAACGAAACUUAAGCACAGGAAGCAUAGCGAAUUUACAACAGAUCUACUGCUUCUUAGACUUGUGUUAGAAAUUGCGUCAAUUCAAAUCUGGUAUUAGGAACAAAAGAGGUCAACACGACUUCUAAGAUAUACUAGUUAUUUUAAUUAAUGCAAAAACCUUCAAUGGUAAAUAUGAUGUUUCGUAUAUACGGGCUCUCUGAGAUGUCUCGCAGGACACUCCAGAGAACUAACACAUUGUUUUAGAAACAAUACCCAAAUACUCUGACAGAGGGAAUUUCCCACUUCUCUGCUGGCCAAUUAGAGUAGAGGCUUGAGCGUGGUUGAAACUUUCUCAGCCAAUCCGUUGGUUCAGGGGUUGGUCUCAUCUCCUCGGCGCCAUUUGUUGCACACUUCAGCCAGGCACAAGAUUAUCAUAACAACCUAUCAUAGUGAGAAGAGCCAGCUCCCUUAGACAUCAUUCCUACGUCAAAGGAAGGCUCACAGAUCACAAAUAACUAUUAUAGUCUAGCAUUUGAAGACACAAUCCUUAUCUUAUUUUUACCCCCUAAAACAGCUCUUCACAUCAAUCACAGCCUUGCCAGGUGUCACAGCCUACAUUAGCCCAGUCAAGACUGCAUUCUUUCUAAGUUAGUCAUCCCAUCAAUUUAGGAGAAUAAUAAAUCCCCAAUACUUGCUUGUAUAAUCUAGGUCCAAGAGGCUUCUAAACAGCUUCUACCCCCAAGCCAUAAGACUCCUGAACAUCUAAUCAAAUGGCUACCCAGACUAUUUGCAUUGCCCCCCCCCCCCCCCCCCCCCCUCUUUUAUGUAUAGUCACUUUAAUAACUCUUCCUACAUGUACAGAUUACCCCAAUUACCUCGACUAACCGGUGCCCCCGCACAUUGAUUCGGUACUGGUACCCCUGUAUAUAGCCUCGCUAUUGUUAUUUUUACUGCUGCUCUUUAAUUAUUUGUUACUUUAUUUCGUAUUAUUUUAUAUUGUAUUUUUUGUGUGUGUUUUUUGGGGGGGGUAUUCUUUCUUAAAACUGCAUUGUUGGUUAAGGGCUUGUAAGUAAGCAUUUCACUGUAUGGUCUACACCUGUUGUAUUACGCGCAUGUGACAUAAACAUAGAUUUUAUUUUAAUUUCUAGGAACUCUACUUACCAGACGUAAAGUGAAAUGUGUCCCUCGCUAUCAAAUAAACGUCAGAAUCCAAUUUUUGUGCUAACCGCACCAUAUUCCUGCGGAGUUAGACAGCGGGCUGCCAUUGGACCACGCAUUUCACGCGAGACUUCCUACCACAAAAUCCACCACUGUAUACACAGCAGGAAUAUGGUGCGGUUUGGACAGAAGUUGGAUUCAGAUGUUUAUUUGAUAGCGAGGGACACGUUUCACUUUACGUCUGGUAAGUAGAGUUCCUAGAGAUUAUACAUAUGGUUUUGUUGAAAGGAACCUUUUUUUUUUGGGUGACGCCGGUUAUGUUGUGGUAUGGUUAUUUUCUGUCGCCACCCACCAGAACGACGCACAACUCAGGGAGUCCAACCAAUACAGACUCCCGAAAUUGUCCCAAAGCUAUGAUAUGCCUAUGUCUUGUGAGAAUAGAUUUUCAUCUGGUUCAACUGGCUUGGAUUUUCAGCAAUGCAUGCAAAGUAGGGCUAAUGAUGUCAUCUGAUGUUGUCUUUUUACUACAGUGAACAGAAAGCUGAAAUACAUCAGUUUGGCCAUCCUUGUUGUCCAGAACGCCUCUCUUAUCCUCAGCAUCCGCUAUGUCCGCACGCUGCCUGGUGAUCGUUUCUUCACCACCUCUGCAGUGGUUAUGGCAGAGGUGCUCAAAGUACUUACCUGCCUUUUUAUAAUUUUGGUCCAGAGAAAAGGUAAGCCUCCAUUAUUGAAUAUUUAAAAAAAACUAAGGUCGAUGUCUGCUCCCCCACGGAAAUGUAAUUAGCAUAAUACAAAAUCCCAAUAAAAAUCUGUCAGUUUCAGCUAGAGAUAUCUUUUUUUUUUUUUUUGCAUUGUAUGCAUCUCAAUCCCCUGCAUCCACCUGUGUCGCAGUUCCGCAUCUGCGGUGACAGAGCUGGAGCGGUGUUUGUCAGACCAUGAGACAUCCCGAAAAUCGGUCUUCUCACAAAAUAGUCUGUAGCGUCCGAACAGUUUGGCCUACAAACUAUUAGGAAACGAUGAGCCUCUUACGAACACCAGGGUGGUCUCCGUUUUGCUCUACGACCCCAACAAGCAUUUUGGGACUUGUCUGAAGUCGGUACAGCUGAUCUGCCAACUUCUUUCUGAAGCGUCCGAACAGUUUGGGCUACAAACUAAUAUGACCCCUCUGGGGAAAGGUGAGACUCCUCACGAACACCUACAGUGUAUUCGGAAAGUAUUCAGACCCCUUCCCUUUUUCCACAUUUUGUUAUGUUACAGCCUUAUUCUAAAAUUGAUUUUUUUAAAUGUUUUGCAAAUGUAUUAAAAAUAAAGAACAGAUACCUUAUUUACAUAAGUAUUCAGACCCUUUGCUAUGAGACUCAAAAUUGAGCUAAUGUGCAUCCUGUUUCCAUGUAUCAUCCUUGAGAUGUUUUUACAACUUGAUUGGAGUCCACCUGUGAUAAAUUAAAUUGAUUGGACAUGAUUUGGAAAGGCACACACCUGUCUAUAUAAGGUCCCACAGUUGACAGUGCAUGUCAGAGCAAAAACCACGCCAUGAGGUCGAAGGAAUUGUCCGUAGAGCUCCGAGACAGGAUUUUGUCGAGGCACAGAUCUGGGGAAGGGUACCAAAACAUUUCUGCAGCAUUGAAGGUCCCCAAGAACACAGUGGCCUCCAUCAUUCUUAAAUGAAAGAAGUUUGGAACCACCAAGACUUCCUAGAGCUGGCCGCCCGGCCAAACUGAGCAUUCUGGGGAGAAGGGCCUUGGUCAGGGAGGUGACCAAGAAGCCGAUGGUCACUCUGACAGAGCUCCAGAGUUCCUCUGUGGAGAUGGGAGAACCUUACAGAAGGACAACCAUCUCUGCAGCACUCCACCAAUCAGGCCUUUAUGGUAGAGUGGUCAGACGGAAACCACUCCUCAGUAAAAGGCACAUGACAGCCCGUUUUGAGUUUGCCAAAAGGCACCUAAAGAACACUGACCACGAGAAACAAGAUUAUCUGGUCUGAUGAAACCAAGAUUGAACUCUUUGGCCUGAAUGCCAAGUGUCACGUCUGGAGGAAACCUGGCACCAUCCCUACGGUGAAGCAUGGGGGUGGUAGCAUCAUGCUGUUUAAUUUUUUUUUUUUUGUGGCAGGUACUGGGAGACUAGUCAGGAUUGAGGGAAAGAUGAACGGAGCACCUCAGACUGGGGCGAAGGUUCCCCUUCCAACAGGACAAUGACCCAAAGCACACAGCCAAGACAAUGCAGGAGUGGCUUUGGGACAAGUCUCUGUAUGUCCUUGAGUGGCCCAGCCAGAGCCCGGACUUGAACCCGAUCGAACAUCUCUGGAGAGACCUGAAAAUAGCUGUGCAGUGAUGCUCCCCAUCCAACCUGACAGGGCUUGAGAGGAUCUGCAGAGAAGAAUGGGAGAAACUCCCCAAAUACAGGUGUGCCAAGCUUGUAGUGUCAUACCCAAGAAGAAUUGAGUCUGUAAUCACUGCCAAAGGUGCGUCAACAAAGUACUGAGUAAAGGGUCUGAAUACUUAUGUAAAUGUAAUAUUUCCGUUUUUUAUUUUUAAUAUAUUUGCAAAAAAAAUGAACUUUUAGCUUUGUCAUUAUGUGGUAUUGUGUGUAGAUUGAUGAGGGGGGAAAAAACUAUUUUAUCCAUUUUAUAACAAGGCUGUAACGUAACUGUGGAAAAAAGUCAAGGGGUCUGAAUACUUUCCGUAUACACUGUACAUGUCGGUUUGCUCUAGGACGCCCACAGUAAGGCCAACUUGUAUUUUUUAAUACUAAAAUUCUAAAUCAAAUAGCAGAAUGAUCCUUGGUUUGACCUUCAUUAAAUAAUUCCUUAUAGCUUAGUAGAACCCCCCCUUAUGGGUUAAUGUGUGUAAAGGGGAUUUUCGGUUGAACAAAAAGGAAUGCAGUCGUUGAUGAUAUCAAUCAGAAAUGUAUUACAAGAAUUCAGGGAGAACACCUCCCAGAGCAGAAACAAAGAAAAUGUAUUGGAGACAGGCCCUUAAUAUUCUAAUCAGACCAUACCCAAUGUUCUGCAAACAUCAGGCGGAGAGUCUGGUACGAAGUCAUAACAAAAUACAGUGACUUUGCCAGCUGCUACAGAAUCACAGUGUUCAUAAUGUCAUCAAUACAGUAAUAAUCAGUGUGUCCUGGGUCCUUGUACCUUUUUAGUAGCUUUGAUGUCAAUCACUAUCAAAUGACAUGAUAACAAUCCAGAACAUUCAGUAACAAUUCUACUACUGACCAUCAACCAGUACACAAACGAGUCACAAAUACAGCACUGGAAGCAUUGUGUUAAUUACUCUUAACUGAAUAUUCCCAUUACAAUGUGUUUACUGCAGAAACAUUUUGGCAUUGUUUUUCAGGUUCAGUACUUGGCUAAUUUGUGUUGCGUCAAUACACAUGACCUUACCUGCAAAAGUGGUCGUCUGCAUUUUCACCUGUGUUUCACAAUCAACCCGCUCUCUCCCUCUCCCAGGAAACCUAAAGGAGUUUAUUGUAUUGCAGUACGACUCCAUUGUCAUCCAGUACAAGGACACGCUUAAACUGGCUGUCCCAGCACUCAUCUAUACCUUGCAGAACAACCUCCAGUAUGUGGCUAUCUCCAAUUUACCAGCAGCUACUUUCCAGGUUAGUUGCUCUGGCUGCCCAGUAAUGGGAUGGUGUUUCUUCUUGCGUCACAUCCUUGUUUAUGAUAUCUCAUAGCAAAUCACUUUACCCCAAGCAUAAACCCCUUGAGUGCCCCACAAUAGCCUAGCAUGCAUUUGUUUUGUUUUGUUUCCCAUAUCCUCCUGUAAUCAAUUUUUAUGAUUUUGGUCUGCAAUAUGCAAAAUGUAGUAUGUUGGUAAAUGCUGUUUGGUUUAAUGAAUGUUGUGGUUAUUUCUCCAGGUGACCUACCAGCUGAAAAUUCUGACCACAGCCCUUUUCUCUGUGCUGAUGCUGCGGAAGAGCCUUUCACGGAUUCAGUGGCUGUCCCUGCUCCUGCUGUUCGCUGGGGUUGCUAUCGUACAACUGGAGCAGGAAGGAAAACAGAAGGAGACUACAGUCACUGGACAGAGCCAGAACUAUGCCAAAGGACUGGUGGCAGUGAUAGUGUCCUGCCUCUCCUCUGGCUUUGCUGGAGUGUACUUUGAGAAAAUCCUUAAGGGCAGCUCAGCCUCUGUGUGGAUGAGGAACAUCCAGCUGGGCAUAUUUGGAACUGUACUAGGCCUGUUGGGGAUGUGGUGGAACGAUGGCCUUGCCAUUGCAGAGAAGGGCUUCCUGUUUGGGUACACACCCAUGGUGUGGGGUGUCAUCUUCAACCAGGCUUUUGGGGGCUUACUGGUGGCGGUGGUAGUGAAGUAUGCAGACAACAUCCUGAAGGGGUUCGCCACUUCCUUUUCCAUCAUUGUCUCCACUGUAGUCUCUGUCUACCUCUUUGGGUUCCACGUGGACCUCCUCUUCACGCUGGGUGCUGGUCUGGUCAUUGGAGCCGUCUAUAUGUAUAGUCUGCCCAAAGCAGCUGCUCCCCCCCCCUCUACUGUUACCCUCUCUUCUUCCAGCCACAGUCUGGCCGACGGCGCUGGAGACUCGGAGAUGGACGCUUUCCUCCCAAAGUCAGUCCUGGUGAAAUGA